GCUGUGGCGCAGGAGGAGGAGGAGGAGGAGGAGGAGGAGAGGUGCACCGGGAGGACAAGCUGCCUGAGAGAAAAAGAAAACAGGCGCAAAAAGCAAGGAAGAAGAGGAGCAGAUCCACGGGAGAUCACUGAGGGGAGAGGAGAAGUCAUUCGGAGCAGAACAAGGACACUGAGGGGGGAAAGUGCAAACGAAGCCUUGCCGGGCGGCGGGGAGAAGUGGAAAAGAAGACGAGGAGGAGGAGGAGGAGGAGGAGGAGACGCAGCCUGACGGGAGGUCGGGCUUUUAGAGCUCUACUGGCACGAGAGCACAGCGGAGGAGGAGGAGGAGGAGGAGGAGGAGGAGCGCGAGGGCGAGUUGAUGGAUUCGAUACCGGGAGAGUAUUUUUAGAAGGAGCGGGAGACACGAGUGAGGAAUAUCGAGAUUAGAGAUGCUGCCUUUGAGUGGGGGAGAAAAAACUAGGGAGCAGAAGGAGGAGAAGGAAGAAGAAGAAGAGAGAGUAAAAGGACACGGAGAAAAGAGGGAGAGAUGUUGAGAUCGGUGUCACAGAAGAGAUUAUCCCUGGUCUGGUUUCCCCCCGCAGGAAAGUGAGUGUGUGGGUCUGUUUACUUGCGCCUCCUUCUCCAUGUGAAACGCGUGUUGGUGUGUGUCUCUCACUGUGACUGUUGCGCGCGGAGAAGCGGGUCUCCUCUCCUCGCGCGCAGCUGCCCCGUGGUUUACCUGCAGGACUUAAGAGAUGGAAGCCAUGUGCGGCGCGAGGCGAGGAGCACACCAGUGACCCCCCCCCCCCCCCCCCCCCCCUUCCUCUCAAAGAGCACUGGAUACUCUUGAAUAACAUUGACAAGGAGCCCAAAAGAACACACUCCCGUAACUCAGGAGAAGAGAAACUACACCGCUGGAAACAAGGCAAGCCCCCCUCCAACUUACUGCACCACACCGACCAAACCCCCCCUGCGCUGUCGUCACGUUAAUUUCAUUACCUUCUCUUCCUUCAUUUGCUUUUUUUUUUCACCCCCUCCCUGCCUAACUCUUGGUAUUUUGUAUUCCAUCCUCUCCUCUGCCUCUCCCCUCCCCUCCCUCUCCUUCUUGCCUCCGCGCUCUCUGUCUCAUCCUCUCUUGUCUGCUGUCACGCCGGCUGCAGUCAGUCAUGUAGAAGCCACCUGACUCGGAGCACAUUUGCCCAUCUACAUUUAUUUUUUGCCCCCCGCCACCCCUCUUCCCCCGCUGAGCUGGAUGAUUGGCGCUUAGCGCUCUCGGAUAGAGGGACCAUGGAGAGAUGACCAACAAGUAGCUGCAGCCAAGUUAAUCCGAGCCCCACCAGUGGCGGAAACACGCUGAUUACCUUUGGGUGGGGGGGUGGGGGGGCGUUUGCGGGUACUCGGCCCGAAAUUUAGACUCUCUACAGUUAAGACCGACGCAGAUCCAGGUGUGGACUACAACAGUGGAUUUAUCCUGGAGCUACAUGUGGGCUCCGGCCCCUGAGGCCUCGCCGGGAAAUGAAGCCUUUCCCGCGGCUGUAGGAGCGCUGUGGGCAGCAAUGGCCCUGGAGGGGCGCUGUCUCCGCCGGGGAUCCCCCGCCAUGCUCCGAAAGGGUCGUCAGCCGCGUCCUACAAAGCCAACUCUGGCCCGGGUCACUUCCACUCUGCUAUCAAGGACGCGCCUGCACGGCCUGAGGCAGGUUUGCGUCCCCGGCGGUUCCGUUGGCCGCAGGGCCUUUUGGCUCCUGGCUCUCUGCACCUCGCUGGGGCUGCUCGUAUCCUGGUCCUCCAACCGCGUGCUGCACUGGCUUUCUUUCCCCACGCACACGCGAGUCCACACAGAGUGGGCAAAAGAACUGGCCUUCCCUACGGUGACCAUCUGCAACAACAACCCCAUCCGCCUCUACAAGCUCACCAAGAGCGACCUGUAUUUCGCCGGCCACUGGUUGGGCCUACUGCUGGCCAACCGCACGGUGAGGCCGAUGAUUCUGGACCUGCUUCAGGAGGACCGCCGGGCCUGGUUCGGGAAGCUGUCGGACUUCAGGCUCUUCCUGCCACCCAGAAACUUUGAAGGAACCAACCUGGAGUUUAUGGACCGUCUGAGCCACCAACUGGACGACAUGCUCCUCUCAUGCAAGUACAGAGGACAGCCCUGUGGCGCUCACAACUUCUCCUCUGUGUUCACCAGGUAUGGGAAGUGCUACAUGUUCAACGCCGUAGAGGAAGGGAAGACGCUCCGCACCACCAUGAAGGGAGGGACAGGAAAUGGCCUGGAGAUCAUGCUGGACAUCCAGCAGGAUGAGUACCUGCCGGUUUGGGGGGACACAGAGGAUACGGCGUUCGAGGCGGGUGUGCGUGUGCAGAUCCACAGCCAGGCGGAGCCCCCGUUCGUUCACGAGCUGGGUUUCGGCGUGGCCCCCGGCUUCCAGACCUUUGUCGCCACACAAGAGCAGAGGCUGACUUACCUGCCUCCCCCGUGGGGAGAGUGCGAAUCCAAAGCUCUGGAGUCGGGCUUUUUCCAGGUCUACAGCGUAACGGCCUGCAGGAUUGACUGUGAAACGCGCUACAUCGUAGAGAACUGCAACUGCAGGAUGGUGCACAUGCCUGGCGAUGCCUCUUACUGCACGCCGGAGCAGUACAAGGACUGUGCCGAGCCGGCCCUCGCCAAACUGUCGGCUGUGGAGAGCAGCAACUGCAUGUGCAGGGCGCCGUGCAACAUGACCCGCUACAACAAAGAGCUGUCCAUGGUCAAAAUCCCCAGCAAGACCUCGGCCCGUUACCUCCAGAAGAAGUUCAACAAGUCGGAGAAAUACAUUACAGACAAUAUCUUAGUGUUGGAUGUGUUCUUCGAGGCUCUGAACUAUGAGACCAUCGAACAAAAGAAAGCUUACGAGGUCGCAGGCUUGCUGGGUGAUAUCGGGGGCCAGAUGGGUCUGUUCAUCGGAGCCAGCAUCCUGACCAUCCUGGAGCUGUUUGACUACGCUUAUGAGGUGGUGAAAGACAGAUUGCUGGAUUUACUGAGCAAAGAGGAGGAGGAGGAGAGUCAUGGGGAGGAUGUGAGUUCCUGUGACCCAGUGGCAAACCACUCGGACUCCAUCAGCCACACGGUUACAGUCCCCUUGCAGACGACGCUGGGCACCUUGGAGGAGAUUGCCUGCUGAGGCCCUCCCCCCCCUUGUCCCUCAGUGCCACACCCGCACAGCGGCCGCCUCCACUUGGUGGCACCGCAUCCUCUGUUGGGGCAUCGUGCAGGUUCCUUGACAGGGGACAGGAGGACAAGAACAGGGACUGGCCUGAGGACAGCACUGCAUUCUGUCAAAACGCCCCGCCUGAGGCACUAAUGGGGAUUAAGGAGCUGUCGGCCGGACUUAUCGGCCCCCUCUGUCAGCCUGCACUGUACUGCAGUGGGAGCGUGGCCUCCAUUAUGCCGGACCGGUCUGUGUCCCCACACGCGUGCACAAAGAAAACCAGAAGCCAGGUGGGACAGCAACCCAUACAGAGGGAUUAGCCCAUGUGCACAUGUAACAAACACAUUAACAUGUUGCGCACUGCCAAAUGAACUGUACAAACUUGGUUUUGAACUGCAUGCGUCAAUCUAUCUUGCUCUCGUUUGCCGAUGCAAAUGCUGGACCGCAGUGUUGCUUUACUGUACAUGUGUGCCAUCCGUCUCUUUCUCUUUGCAGGACCGGCCUUUGACAAAGGCCCAGGUGAGAUAUCAAGCUUCGAAUGUACAGAUUGAACAUUAGGUGGCGUAAAAUCAUGGGUUAGAUAACGGGAUACCCUUUUGAAAAAAUAUUUUAAAGAGCAAUUCAUCACCUCUUAGUUGAUUGCCUUGAAGGGAAAGGUGGUUGGGGAUGUGUGAGCAGUUUGAAGUUUUAACUCUGAAAAUAGUGAAAUCCAAAUUUUUUUCAGUCUGCAUUUUGCAUAUUUUUUUCACCCGUCAGUUUUAGUUUAGUCAGUUUACUAAAAGGCAUGUUUGCUACGUUGCUCCAGGGGUGUUAAGCUGUUCCCUACAGACAUCUUUAAAGGGAUGUCAUACUCCUACUGUCAAUUUAUAUGAAUAAAUUGCUUCUAGCUGCUGCACCUAAACCCAGAGCGCAGCUAACAGAAUCUAAAUUUGUUUGCCUGCCAGACGGCCGUGUUCAAAACACUGCUCCAGUAACUUUGCCGAGACUGUCAAACCAUUAUUUAAUGAAGAGAAUGUGCUUUCAGACGGCUACCACCACUUUAUCAAAGGUUGCCUCAUUUUGACUUUCACCAACUAGAAAUAAUAAUACAAUUAAAACAUUUUUUAUGAUAUAAAGUAGCAUAAGGAGGGUUCCGCUCCGAGUUUUUUUCAUAUAAGGUCUGUGGUAUGUGGGAUUUUUUUUCUCAAAAAAAUGGGCACCACAAUUAGAUUUCAUCAUAAGGAAAUUGAAUAAAACAUUCACUGGAGACGCGUUCAGGUGGGAAUGUCAUGUAACAGGCAGUAGCAUUUUGAGGGAAGUUGAAUGUCAUGCUUACCACAAAGGGAAAACUUUUGUAUGAGCACCAGGUUUCUUUUUCGAUUCAGGUCUCUCCGAAACCUUUCAGUGUCCUCGGAAAAUAGCGGCGACAUAUACGGCUUCACACCAAAAGCAAUUGUGUGAGAAAAUGUGGAGGAUUUAGUCAAAAUGAGUCCAUGUUCACUCCGGCUUGGUCUCUGUCGUCAUGGUAAUGUACAUUACAGGUAGGAAUGAAUUCAAGUGCUUUGUGAGACUAUUUGAGUUAUGAUUUCCCAUCUGUGACUCAACCUGCUGUCCGUGUGUACUAUCUUAUGUUGUGGCUUCAGAGCGACACAAACUUACCUGCAGGGGCGUCAAACAAACGCGUCUCGCUUCUCUUGGUGGUGACGACGAUGGCUGAUUCUUGGCUCUACUUUGUUGUUAUCGCAAAAUAGCUUUUUCUCAUUUUGUGAUGCAACAUUCAGUGUGUGUUUUUAAUGUAAAACAAUCAAAUUAAAAGAGUUGUUUUGCA